UUUGCGAAAAAUUGGCAUCCGCACUGCAUGGGUUAGAAUACUGAAUAGAAUAUUCAAAUGAUUACCCGAUCGAUACGAUUUAAAGAGUACUUCAUUAGAAUCUAUCUGCAUACUAACAUAACAUAACAACUUAAUGAAAAUGAUUGGGCUCGUUUUCUUGCUUCUCCUCCAGGGAUCUUAUGGAUGGCAAAGCUUGUUCGAACCCGAUCCGUGCACGUCAGAGGAUACAUCUACAGUAAUAAUCGACGAAGAAGUGUCGUGUAUCAAGAUUGUUGACAUGUCUAAUUUGUCCUUCAUCUGGAUCCGCCCCCAGCUCUCAGAUGGACGCCCACUUGUACUCUCUGAUGAAUGUGCCUGCUCCUCUGGUUGUUCCUUCGUCUUAAACGACACUCUUCCAACCAAUGGGACGCAACUAGUGAGCAUUCGUUCGUCAUGCUAUGGGUAUUGGUAUUCGAGUGUUAGAAAAUGUGACGGAUUCUUCAUCUUCUCCGUUGACGCCAUUGCAUAUUUCGUGCGGUGGCUUUACUAUGUCGAGAUGGAAGCAUGUUUUGCUCCUUACCGCGGUUCCUGUCAGAAAUCGUCGAAUAUAACAGAUAGCGACCUCCACGUGUGUCCGGAAGUGAGAAGUUUCCACGAGGAGACCGAGGACGGAUCAGCCAUGGAGGCCAUCUUUAAGUGUCUAUUCCAACCAGUUCCUGGAAACGUAGAGUAUGAUGUAGACUGGUACAUUGAUGGGACACUGGUGAAUAACGCCAGAUUCUCUAGGGUCAGUUACAGCAACAUAAACGACACCGCACUCCGCCCACGACACUGGACCAACAACUUCACUAUGAGUUUCCAGGUCUCUUGUGCUGUAAAGUCACGUGAUACAAUUUCUGGAAACCAAGGGGAUUUUCAGGAAAGUUAUCCAUACUUUGCUGGCAUUAAGUCAGAUCACCUUCAGUAUUCAGUGAUUGAGGGGGAGACAAUUCAAAUCGGUCUCCAGGCAACAGUUCCAUUCAGUUGUCCUCCAGUUUUGAGUGACGCAAUGAAAGCCUCUCAUUGUAAUUUCCAAUUCUACAUCUGGACCCCAGGAGAGGGACAGUGUGUGAAUGGACAGACCAACAACGGAGUUGCCUUCAAGGAUAACCCCUGUGGAAUUGUAUUCGGCUACAAGGACAGAAGGACAUCUCUCAGUGUUACCGGCUAUAUUGACGGAUUGGUCAAUUUCAGAGAGAGAAGAUCAAUCUUAAAAGUGGUCUCCACUCGAAAUCCUAUGGACUCAUCUGGGAUAUGGGAUGAUGUGAAGAUCCCGGAGAUUACAGUUAUUGUGAAAGACAAAGACAUCCUAGUGUCUGGUAAAUUCUGUGCUUCCUAUACAGAUCCACACCAGAGGACGUUUGACGGGAAGUACUUUUCCAAUCAACGGGCUGGGGAAUUCCUGCUGUACAGACACAAAACCUUACCUUACACGGUGCACGUGUUGUUUUCCGCAUGUGUUUGGGGACGCGCCACGUGUAAUUGUGGCAUAGCCAUCAGAAGUGGCGGAAGUCUCUUUUCAGUCCGCACUUGCACCGAAGUUUCUACAACUUGGACUAAGACGUUGUCAGUUCCAGAAGAGAAAAAUGACAUAUGUAACGAGGAUGAUAUGCGUAUCCAGAAAUACUGGCGCUAUUAUACGGUAACGUUUCCGAGCGGCACCGUGGUAUCGUUUUCGGUGUCCUGGUGGAGUAGCUGGAUCGGCAGUAUUCGUAUCCGAGCCUCUGUUUCUGACAUCGGAAAUACAGAGGGGCUGUGUGGACUUCUUAAUGAUGAUGUCACCGAUGACUUCAUUCCUAAAAAUGGACAAAGUGCGACUGAUACGGAUAGAUUUGCAGAAUCAUGGAGAAUUCCAAUGAAUUCUCUGGAUGAAAGUCUAUUUGUGAAGAAUCCAAAAAUCCUGAGCGAGUCAUAUUCCUACACUACAGACAGCAAUACAGACAAUGAGAACUACUGCACGUGUCCCUCCGAUGAGCCUGUGAAUUCUUAUAGUCCGGACUUUGAGACACGUAAUCAGGCCCACUGCAACCAGACGACACCAAGCUCUGUGUGCGGAAGUCAGGUUUCCAUGGUGACGGAUAUAUCAUCGUGUACAACCUCUAAGCAUCGACGGAAACGUUCGGUUGAUUUGGACGAUAUUGGAGACGCCACGACGUUAACAUAUGCUACCGACUUCGAUGAAACAGCCGUUUUCAAUGCGAGUGACUGGAUCAAUGGUUGGAACGCAACAUCGGCCAGGAAGUACUGUGAAGACGCUUUCACCUUUGACCCCGCCGUCCAGACCUGUAAUGAACUUGUCAACAUAUCUGCAGAAUCCUACAUUGACAGCUGCGUAGAGGAUAUCAAGAUGUCCGGUAACACAACUUGGGUUGAGGAUACAUUGGACACACUUAAAGGGGCGUGUCUUACAGAGGCCCAAAAGCAGGAGGUGUUUUAUACUAACUCCUCCUCUAACUCCUCCGAAGAGCUGUCAAUCAUCCAACUGAUCACGGCCCAACUUUGCCCCGCAAACUGUUCGGGAAACGGACAGUGUAAAGAAGCCAUGUGUUCCUGCAAUGAUGGAUUCAUCGGAAGUGAUUGCUCUGUCCGGGAGUUCAUGCCUCCUACCGAAUUUUUCUUGCCAUCGAGUGGAGUGUGUGACACAAGACAACGGUUAUGUCAGCAUACCAAUAUUGCUGGGAAAUUCUACUCCGAAAACGUGGUCGCCAACUUCACAUAUUUUAAGGUAGGAGAAACGGAAUCUUCUAACCCUUUCUCCGUGAUGCAGAAUGCAACGUUUCGUCAUUUUAACCUGAUAACUGUGACGUUGCCGGAAAUCCCUGUAUCCUCUCGACGUCGACGCCGUUCGGUGAUGGAUGGUGUACACGGUUGGAAUAUCACGCUGAGUUAUGAUGGUAAAACCUUCAGUGAUCACGUGACUCUACUAGUGUAUGACAGUCAGCAAUACUCCUGUGACACACAAACUCUGGUCUGUCAAAAAUUGAUAAGUGAGAGCAAUUCACCGUCCUCCACGUCAGAUGCCGCUGUACAAGUCCCCGUUAUUGCUGGGGUUGUUGUUGGAGUCGUUAUAGUAGUUGUUAUCGGGAUCCUUAUUGUGCUCAUUAAAAAGAAAAGAAUUCCCGAGGGUCGAGCUCAAUCUGUAAUAGGGAUACAGAAAGAUGAACAUAAUACAAGCUACGACACAGGGACUGAAUUCGUUGGAGAUAGUGACUACGGACCGGUCAUUCCGUCCUUACCUCCGAUUCACUAUGUACCCCAACAGAAACGGACUGGAACAAAUAUAUCUCUGCAUUUUGAUAAUAAAGAUUAAAUGAAUUGUUCAUAUAUGAAAAUGAGAUUAAAAUUAUUAUCUCCGAAAGCGUUAGUAAAUAGGGUAAUUAUAUUAUACGAACUCUUCAUAGUGAUUUUCACUCAAGACAAUGCACUUAUCAUCUCAUUUUAUACUCAAAUGUACAUUACGAUGAAUGAACAAUGAAUUUCGCGUGUGACGGAAAUAAAACUGUAGUAUGCCAUACUAUACUCUACGUACAUCCAGAGAGAGAGAGAGAGAGAGAGAGAGAGAGAGAGAGAAUACAAUACAUAAACACUUAAUUUGGAGAAUAUACAUGUAUAUUCCAACAUAAUUUUACUAUGAAAAGUAGCUAAGUACUUCGGUACUAUCUUGAAAAUACGGAUGUAUAUUUAAUUGCUGUUAUAAAAUUUAGAAAUUCAUUUCAAAAUUAAGGAUUAUCUCCCUCACACAUAGCUCUUAUCCUUAAACGAAUUUGACUCCACUUUUUUGGCACACCAUUUUUCCCUAUAAUAGCUCUAAAACUUCAUUCUUAUUUCAGAUUUCAAACAUUUUGGUUGAGCAUCAAUGAAGAGACAUUAUUUGUCGAAAUGCACAUCUGGUGCAUCAAAAUUGGUACCGUAUAAGUUUUACAUGAGCUCGAAAUAAACGACACCAGAGUCGUCCACUGCUGCUUCAUACUUGGAUAUUUUAUUGAAAUUAGACAUUAACGGCAAAUUAACUGACAACUCAACUGUAUGAAAAACGGGAUGAUUUCAGCUUCUCCAUCGUCAACUUCCCAUAUUUAUGUAGCAAUAUUCCAUUAUCACUUGCAUAUGGUGUUUAUAUCUCUCAACUGAUUCGAUACGCAAGAACUUGUUCAAUCGGUAUGAAACACGUCAGGCAGCAUUUGACCCCAUGAUAGGUUGUAUUGAGAAACUAGAUCAUUAUAUAACGACCAUAGAAUUUACAAAAUGCUGACUUCAAUCGAGACUGUUGAAACCCUUGUACCAUCAACUUGUUUGUCAGUAGCUUGCCUCGAUUCAAAAACUGAUCAUGCGCAGAACAAACUCUUGCGUAUCGAAUCUGUAUAACAUAAUACAGUUUAAUUAAAAGGUUAAUGAAACACACACACACACACACACACACACACACACACACACAUAUAUAUAUAUAUACUUUUCUAUUUUGGUUAUCAUGUGUACACGUACCUAGUUUUUCUUGUUUGUAUGUAUCUCUUAUUAUAUCGAUGUCAAUGUAUUUUCUCUGUAAUCUCCUAAGGGGGAAAAUAAAGUAUGAAUGAAACGAU